CCAUUGUGUGUAUUUUGUGUUCUCAUACUUUUUAUUAUUAUCUAAUUAGGUAACAAAUAAUUAUUUCAACGAAUAUACAAUAUGUAUUUUAUUUAAUACACAACAUUGAUCUCAUUAGAAGGAACAGUAACAUCCAUAUUUACUGUUGAUAAACGCUAAUACAAUAUUACAAGAAAAUGAUAGUGUCACAGCUCUGUCGGUGUACACAGCCACUGCGGACAGCACACACCAGACUCCUGGUGCCAACCAGGAGUGGCAUCAAUGGAAACCUGAUCACAAGACAGCUAGUCACACCUGCCAGAUAUGGCAAUUCUAGAAUAGGCUAUAAAGGUUUAAGGAUAAGUGAAAUAAUCAAGUCAAGCGGCAUCAUAGCCAGGUUCUGCUCCAGUGCUCCGAAGCCGAAGACCCCUAAAGUGGUGGGGUACUGGCUGCUGGGCUGCAGCGGGAUGGUGUUCACCGCCGUCGUGCUAGGUGGAGUAACUCGUCUUACGGAGUCCGGACUGUCGAUGGUGACGUGGAAGCUGCUCGGGGAGAAGAUGCCCAGGACCGAGGAGGAGUGGCAGCGGGAGUUCCAGAAAUACCAACAGUACCCAGAGUUCAAAUAUAAGAACCAAAGCAUCACACUGUCAGAGUUCAAAUGGAUCUGGUUCAUGGAGUUCGCUCACCGCACUUGGGGGCGUGCCAUCGGAGCGGUGGUGUUGCUGCCGUCUGCCUUCUUCUGGCUGCGAGGGUACCUCGACCGCGGGAUGAAGGUCCGAGUGGGAGUCUACUGCGCGCUUGUGGCUGCACAGGGUCUCAUGGGCUGGUACAUGGUGAAGUCAGGACUGGAAGACCGCUUCCAGGGACCUUCGGACGUGCCUCGCGUGUCUCAGUACAGGCUUGCAGCCCACCUCGGUCUCGCUUUCAUCCUGUACUCGGGAUUAUUAGCUGGAGCCCUAAGGGUGCUUCGGCCCUUCCCUCCGAUGUCUGUUCUCCAGAAGGGUGUGAAGGAAUUGAAGAAAAUGACCAUUUUAGCACAUAGUGUUAAAGCGCUGGCGUUUUUCACAGCUCUUUCAGGUGCGUUCGUGGCGGGCCUAGACGCAGGGCUGGUGUACAACUCAUUCCCAAAAAUGGGCGACCACUGGGUGCCUGAUGACAUCCUGGCGAUGAGCCCGACGCUGCGUAACCUGACGGAGAACCCCACCACGGUGCAGUUCGACCACCGAGUGCUGGGGACCGCUACUCUGACGGCGGCGUCGCUGGUGUGGCUGCACGCGCGCAGGGCUCCGCUGUCGGCCCCGGCCGCCAGGGUGGCCGCCGCCGUCGGAGCCAUGGCCUGGCUGCAGGUGACGCUGGGCGUGUUGACGUUGCUGCAUUUCGUUCCGACGCCUCUGGCCGCCAGUCACCAGGCCGGCUCCCUCACACUCCUCACACUCGCCAUCUGGCUCACGCACGAGAUCAAGAUCCUCAAGUUCAUACCCAAGUGAACACUAUUCCAAUUGUAUUAAGGCGCAUUUUGUUAUAAUUAUAAUA